GAAUUGCCAUAGUAGGUACAUGUGAAAGUUUCCGUUGUGACGGGAUUUAACGCGAGAUCUCAAGGUCGCAAGGCAAACACAAACACAACAUCCUUUAUACCAUUGGGGGCCUCAACAACCCGUUUCACCGAGUCUUGUUACACCCGCGUUCUAAGGCGGAAGACUGCUGAAGGAUAACCUUAUCAAUUUGUGUUUUUGAAUCAGUACGUAAGCACAUGUAUAGACGGAUUUAACUGUUUAAAAGUGGCAAACUAACCAUCACUGCAUGUCCGCCGGAUGAGAACCAGGGCUCUAGAAACUUUUUAAAUAGUCAACAACAUUGCCCCUCCUGUGUUAUCAGACCUUGUUGUAAAAAAGUCUACAGGUAUUAACUUUAGAUGUUCAAAUUUAUUGAUGGUACCAGCGGUUAGAACCACGGCUUAUGGUAAGAACUCCUUCAAGUACGCUGCGCCGGUGCUGUGGAACUCACUCCCAGAUCACUUCAGAACCUGCUCCAGCUUUGGUCAGUUUAAGACCCUGAUCUCUACCUGGAGCGGCAAAGACUGCAAAUGUAUAGCCUGUGAUUCUGGAUACGUUAAGUGCCGCCAAAUGAAACACAACGCGUCGAUCCGGAGAGGAGUGGGGAACUUUAUAGAACGCAAGUCCUACGCCACUUGUUCAAUAUAAGUUUGCGAGUCUUGAAGGCAAUGGCCGUGCCAGCUCUAGUAACAGUCCUCGUAUUCCUCGUUUUUGGUCUUCACUAUAACAGUCAUCUUCAGAGACAGAACCUUCAAUGGAAAAGGCUUGAGAUUCAGCAAAUGUUAAAUACAAUAUCUCCCAGAGUGGCGGUUACGAACAACGGGCAACCCCAAACUACAACGUUGUCAUCAGAACUUAUGGCGAUAUCGCCAGACAUUGAACUCGAUAAGCUCAUAAAUGCGUCAUCUUGUGAAAAAUAUCCAAUUUUCAAUGGAAAAUAUGUAUUUGAAAAUCCAGCUCUGUGUUCAGAAGUGAAAAAUCUGUCAGUGCUUAUAAUAGUGCAUACGGCGCCGGACCACUUCGAGAUGCGGCUAGCGAUACGCAGGACAUGGGCGAACGACACUUACUACCGUAAGAUUGGAGUGUCCAGAGUUCUCUUCCUGCUUGGGCGAGUGGAGGAUGCAACGCUACAGGAAAAGAUGGAAGCCGAGUUUAAGGACUACCGCGACAUGCUGCAAGGGAACUUCCGGGACGCCUACACGAACCUCACUCACAAGGGAGUCAUGGGAUACAGGUGGAUCACCGAACGAUGUAGAAACGCGAAAUAUAUUUUAAAAACUGACGACGACAUCGUUGUCAAUAUGUUUCAAUUGUUUACUCGCGUGCUACCGAAUUUUCACAACAAAACGAAACAAAUAUUUUGUAAUCAUGUUUACACCGGAACGAUGCCGAUUAUUCGGGAAAAGACUAGUAAGUGGCAUGUGAACGAAAACCAUUUUCGAGGAAAGACAGCGUAUCCGGAGUAUUGCAGUGGUUUUAUGGUUCUGUACACUAAUGACGUUAUACCGGCGAUUUACAGAGCAGCCACGAUGACGCCAUUUUUCUGGGUUGACGACGUUUACCUUUAUGGGUUGGCUCCCGGCCACGUGCCUGGAAUAAAAUACAGCGACAUGAAGAGAACUGACCAUAUGCUUGAUUGGCAAAAGGCUCUCAACUGUUACAGAAAUGUGACUGAAAAUCUCGGCAAAAAGUGUGAUUAUUUGGUGACUGGUUCCCGUAAACUUCAAGUGAGCGAAGAAACUUGGAUAGAAAUGAGAAAGCAGUUUGACCAUGUGACAUUCUCCCAGGCCUUCACUAUGAAAAAAAUCCUUACCGGAACCACUGCGCUUCUUGAGCGGGAUGAGUCCUCGCUACUCGAAGAAAAUCGCCAUGACGGCACUAGUAUUAGCUAGUUGGUAGCUCGUGUUGAUUCUGAACUAUACGGGACAUACACAUAAAGAAAAUCAUUAUUGGAAACUAAUUUAUAUGAAACGAGACAGCGUUAAACGCUACAGAUGUUUUGACAAGAUCUGUAACUCCAAAACUGACGAAAACAACGGUUUUGCCACCCACAGCGACAACGUUGUCGCCAGAACUAAGGGCGAUAACGCCAAAACCUGUAUUGGAUAAACUCAUUUAUGCGUCAUCUAAUGACAAAUAUCCAGUUACACAACAUGCAGAAUAAAUACUUGAAAAUCCA